ACGUGACCAGGGAACACCCGGCUCCCGGGCACCGUGAGCGCGCAGCCGCGUUGGCGUCACUUCCGCCCAGUUGAGAUCCGCAAGAUGGCUGCUCUCUUGUUGAGGUAUGCUGGCCGUCCUUGUCUCCGUGCCCACCUGAGCCCCAGGCUCUGUGUCAGAAAUGCUGUCCCCCUGGCAACAACAGCUAAGGAAGAGAUGGAUCGUACCUGGAACAAGAACAUCAAUUCAAAGCGCCCUUUGUCACCUCACAUCACCAUUUACAGCUGGUCUUUGCCUAUGAUGAUGUCUAUUACCCAUCGAGGCACUGGUAUUGCCUUGAGUGCAGGAGUAUCCCUUUUUGGAUUGGCAGCCUUGUUGCUCCCUGGGAAUUUUGAGGGUCACUUGGAGCUUGUAAAGUCCUUGGGCCUAGGACCAACUCUGAUCCACUCAGCCAAGUUUGCUCUUGUCUUCCCAUUUAUGUACCACACCUGGAAUGGAAUCCGACACUUGGUGUGGGACCUAGGGAAGGGCCUGAAGAUUCCUCAGCUCUACCAGUCUGGAAUAGCUGUCUUGGUUCUUACUGUGUUGUCCUCUGUGGGACUAGCAGCCAUGUAAGGGGAUAAUAUAUCUCCCAUUUCCUCCAAUGAGAUGAAGGAUCUCAUUUUCCUUCUCCCUUGCCUUCAGCCACCCUUUCCCUCAGGCCUGGGCAGAGCCCUUCUGUUUUGCUUAGAUCUCAGUAUGUUUGAAGAACUCCUUAGAGUCUGGGUCAUGAGUAUCGAAGCUGUGGGAGAAGUUCCAACACUCUCCUCCCUAAAGAAAGCUGCAUGAUAAGGCUCUCCAACCCUUCCUCUUCUCCUCUCCCUGCCCUCCCACCCCCUCCAACUACCUUUUUUGCUGUGGGUUUAUCCUCUUUCCUCAGGCCUCUUCAGCCUCUCUCUACAUUGGGUUUUGACUUGUACUAAGGGUCAACUGUUGGCUGCCUGAUCCUGAGGCAGUAAAAACAAUGCCAUCUCUGUGGCCUCUGCCUUAGGGUUGGGGAGAAAGGCUUUGAGUGCCAGUGGCCGUGGGCUGCUGGCUUAAAGGACAAGGCUGCCCAUUGGAAAUGGCCCAGAGUCCUAAACCACCCACACUUUGAGAGAAAAGGGAACCAGCCCAUCUGGGUGGGUGCAGGGAGAGAAGGAAGGAGGGUGAGUUGGCUCCCUGGAGGCUGCAGAUGUUCUGUGGGGGGAGCGCAGACAGCUCUCCUGGCCCAGGAAAGGAUUCAGAAGAUUCUCAGUCAACACAUUGGGAGUUCUCUCUUUUCCUGGCACUUUGAGGAAAAUGAACUUCUUAAUUUCAUAUUUUCCAAUAAAAAUUCAUGUGACAUCUUUUUCUGUAAUUAAAUGUAAAUCACCCAC